AUCCUAGAGUUUACGGGGGUGAUCUUAUGAUGUAGCAACAAAGAGAAGUGUCGUGAACGUGGAAGGACAUUACAAAAAGCAAUCAUGUAUAGAUUUUUAUGGCGGACCGUUUACACGGCUCGAAAUUCUUCAGCUAGUGUUUACGAGUUGUGCGUGUUCCCAGCUAAAUGCGACAAGGCUAUAGCUCCAGUUUUCAGGGUUGCAAAUGGAGGUGGGCUAAAAGCCUUCACCACAAGUCCAGCUUGUCUCUGUGAAAAGAAAGACAAUGUUUUACCCUCUAAUCAAAAUGAGCAAACAAACACAGAUAAAGAGGCUGACCCAAUAGAAACUGCACCUUUGGUUACACAGAAGGCCGAAGAUGACGGCACAGUCAUUAAGACUGCUGAGCAAAAGGAGGAGCCAGUGGUGUCAAAGACAGAUGAUGGAAGUGCCACGCAGCAGAAGAUGAAUAUUAAGUUUGAGCAGGUUGUGGAAAAGCCUGAACCAGUAAAUUCUGAUGCACCCAAGAGUGGGAAGGAGAGUCUCCUGGACCUUCUUGGAGCCAUGAAGGUGGAAGUUACCAAUAAGAGAAAGCUCAAAAACUUAAAAGUGAAGCAAACUUAUGCCCCUAAAUCAAGGCUAGCUGCUACAGAGAGCACCAUCAGUAUGUUUCAGAAGGCUACAGUGGAGGAUUCAUCACAGAGCCUCUCUGCACUUGCUAGUGUGACGCUGGAUCCCAAGCUGGUUGCAGCUGUAUCUGCUGCUGCCUCUACACUGCCUAACCGCAGCCAGGCUGAGUCUGAGCUACUCAGACAGCUGAGGCAGCACGAGGCCAUCACUGAGGCUCAGAAGAAUGGGGAAGUGAACAAUUUGGGGGUAAUUAUCACUGACAUGAAAAUAAGAAAGAAUCCCAGUCGACAGAAAGCUCGGCCAACAAGCGCGAUCCGGUUUGAUGACGACGGCCAUGGAUAUAGACGUGACAUAAGGCAAACUUUGUUCACAGGGAAAAAACUUAACAUCUUCUCCCUGACUACUGAUGAAGAUGGAGCUGAAUCUGCAUUUGCACGGCCAACUCUAUGGGACAUAGACCUUGCAACUCAGUUGUCUCUGUCAAUCAAUCAAAUGCCCCGCAACGGGCUUGAAGAAAUGAUCCAGUGGACCAAAGAGGGUAAAUUGUGGCAGUAUCCUAUCAACAAUGAAGCUGGGCUUGAGGAGGAAGCCAGCGUCCCGUUCCAUGAGCAUGUGUUCUUAGAGAAACACUUGGAAGAGGGCUUCCCCCGUCAGGGACCAGUGCGGCACUUCAUGGAGCUAGUGGUGGCUGGUUUGUCCAGAAACCCCUACCUGACAGUCCAACAGAAAAAGGAGCACAUUUCCUGGUUCAGAGACUACUUCCAUCAAAAAGAGGAUGUCCUCAGAGAGGCUGAAGUUUUCCUUAACUAAACAUAAGACAAGUAAAUAGUUUUUCAACAUUUGUUGAAUGUGGACGCAAAAAACAAAAAUCCAUUUCCUCAGCGGGGGCUUUGCAACCAUGAUUAUCUUUACUUGUACAAUUUAACAGGUCCUAGUAGAAGAUCCCGAUUUGGAUUUCUUGGUCUGGCAUCAAGUCUGUGUCCAGUAUCAGCUGUUUCUAAAAUGUUCAUCAGGCCGUAGAACCACUGUUUUAUGCACAGUGGAGGAAAAAUAUGCAGGAAGAAAUUAAAAAUGUUCCUCAAACACAUACUAGUGCAAAGUAAAUAAAUAUUAUAAGGUAUGUAAUGUUUUUUUUUUUUUUUGCUUGUUUGAGUUCUACUACUGAUGUAAAAGGUUUGGUUUUGUAUCAAACCAAAAAUCAAGUUGAUGGGUUUUUAAUAGACCUUCAGAUAAAAACAUAGGUUGAAAAUAUUUUUGUCUUCAUGUAGCGUCAAAGAUCAUACAAACACCUGUACCGUUACUAAUGGUGUUUUCUCAGGCAGCCUGUGAGCAGCGUCUGAUGGGGUUUAUAGUAGGAGCAUAAUUACACCUUGCACCUUGUGCCCUUUGCAAGGGAAGUUAUUGUACCGCAGAUUCCUUCUGGUCUAAAAACACCCCCAGCAAUCUAUUGUCUGUGAAAGUGUAGAAAGCGGGAGCUUGACAUUUGAAUGUGCCUCAUUUCCACAUUUUGUUCACUUUUCCUUACACAGUCAUGAUUGGCAUGAUAAGAUAGAUGUUGGUAAUACUUCCUCAUGUGUGUUAGGGGCUGUAUAAAGUACAAAGAAAGUGUUUUUGUGGAAAGGCACCUGGUUCUGCUCAGAGGUUUCUCAUAUUCAAAUAACCCACUAGAUGGCAUUAUUGACAGUUAUGGUCCUAUAAAAAAUGAUUUCUAAUUAUUUAACAAGGAUGUAUUUCAACAACAACAACAAAAAAACUCCCUGUGAAAUGCAGUAACGUGUUGGAGUAAUUUUAUCCACAGUAUGCCAAAACUGGAUAUGAUUGACCAACCUUUAAUCAAAGGGGCUUAAUGAUAUUUUAUGUAGUGUGUGUGUGUUGGCUCUCAAAAUCUUAAGCACCCAUGCAAUCUAGUGACUUUUAGGACAGGGGACUUUCUCUAGAGGAGAGUCGACAGGACCGCCCGUGAGGUCCUACAGUCUUGCCGGAUUAAGAAGCGUUUCUCUCUGCUUCUGCUCCAGUGGGGUUUCAUUAAAUCUUUACUUUCUUUGUAA